AUGGCAGGACACUUUGAGAAUGGUUCUCUACUAGUUCAACCCCUCUCAGACGCUCAAGCCUCGAUCCUGGACUUCUUAUUCCCAGGCUUCACCCGCAUGUCUACCGCUGUCCAAUGGUAUCUCACUAUUGACUUGAGCGUCUAUGCUCCUCUGCUCUGUUUCUUUGGGUUGUUUGUGUUCGCUUGCGGACGUAUUUGCAAGUACUUGUUAGGAUUGCUUGAGACUUAUUAUACUUUAACUAUUCAUCUUCAAUAUCGUAAAGAUACAUAUGAUAUGCUUAUAUUGUGGAUAUCUUCUCAGAGCUUCGCCCAGAAUGCUCGCUCCUCCCUUGUU